AUGACGGAGCAGGAAAAGGGCGAGGGCUCUGGCCCGUUGUCUUUGGCACCAGCGGGAGAGAGUGUGAAGGGGAAAACACAGUUUAUCAUUGUCAUUUUGCAAAUUAUCGGUGCGCUCGCUGUUGGGGGGUACUGCAUUUUUGCGUCUCUUGCUGAGCCCACUGCUGUUGGCUUCUUUUGCAACGACGACAGCAUUCGCUUUCCGCUGCUCCCUCAGACUGUGCCAGCGUUUGAAGCGUCACUGAUUGUCCUUUUGGUCCCGCUUGUGGUGAUCAUUGUUGUGGACACAGUCACAUGGGUUAUGUUCGGGGAAAGGUUUGGACGCCGUGUUAACCUCGGCUUUUGCCAGCUGGGUGGCAUUAUUGCACUGUAUUACCAGUCCCUUGGGGGGUUCGCCUUCGCUUUGUUAAGCUGCUACGCCAUCACGCUCACCGCAAAAAUAUGUGUCGGGCGCCUCCGGCCGCAUUUCCUCACCGUAUGUCAGCCAGACUGGACAAAAAUCACUUGCAGCGAUCCGAGUGGAUUCCUUUACGUAGACAAGUUUGUGUGUCUUGGAACAGACAAAGCUGCAAUUAAGGAAGCCCGCGUGUCUUUCCCCUCUGGUCAUUCCAGCACAAGUAUGUGCUCCAUGUUGUACCUAAUGUUGUACUUGCAGUCCCGCCUCGUAUUGCUGUGGAAGUCCGGGGUGAAGCCUUCCCCUGCUGCAUCAAAACCCGCAGAAACCACCUGGCGCAUCCUCCGGCUCAUUUGUCCGUUUUUGCAAUUGGUUGCGUUCGGUGUUGCUCUGUUUAUCGGCCUAUCUCGGAUAAAGGACAAGUUCCACCACCCCGGCGAUGUGGUGGCGGGUUUUGUUAUCGGGGCCUGCUGUGCUAUAUUUACGACCUUUUACAUCGCUGCGCUUGGCUCCUACAAAAAGGGGGGGGUCAAAGAGAGAAUUGAGGAGGAACUGGAAGAAACUGUUUAA